AUGCGUUUCUCUAUUGUUGCUGCUGCGCUUGCAGCUGCUCCCGCCGCCGUCUCGGCUGCUGAGAAGGGCAAGAUGGGAUUUGCCCUCGGAACGAAGAUGGGAAGCGGAGAGUGCAAGACCCAGCAGGAUUACUCCGAGGACUUCAAGAUGAUCAAGUCGAACUCUGGUUCCACCAUUGUUCGUGGUUACGCUGCAUCGGACUGCGAUAUGGCUAAGAACGCUCUCCCAGCUGCCAAGUCGGCAGGCUUCAAGGUUGUUCUGGGCAUCUGGCCCGAUGUUGAGGAGUCCUUCCAGAAGGACCUCAAGGCCAUCACCGACGUUGCCCAACAAUACGCCGAUACCAUUUACGCUGUAACCGUCGGCUCCGAGACGCUCUACCGUGGAAACUUCACUGGCGAGGAGCUCGCCGGUAAGAUCAAGACUGUCAAGGACAAGCUGCCCUCUGGCAUCAAGGUCGGAACAGCAGACUCGUGGAACAAGUUUGCCGACGGAACCGGUGAUGCUAUUAUCGGUACUGCCGACAUCAUCAUGGUGAACGCCUUUGCCUUCUGGCAGGGUGCCAGCCGUGAGAACGCUACCCAUGUCUACCUCGACGACAUGUACCAAGCCACCGCCCACAUCGAGAAGGUCGCCGGAGGCCGCUCCAAGGCUCCUGAGAUCUGGAACGGAGAAACCGGCUGGCCUACUGCCGUUGGCACCGACUACGACGCCGCAAAGGGUGGACUGGACAACGCUAAGCACUUCUACCAGCACGGUUUCUGCUCGCUGCUCGACUGGGGUUUCAACGGCUUCUACUUUGAGGCUUUCGAUGAGUCCUGGAAGCCGGCGUCCAUCGGUGACAACGGAAAGGCGGCUGAUGAGACUGCUUGGGGUGCUAUGACUGCGGACCGCCAGAAGAAGUUCGAUCUUAUGUGCUAG